UUCUCAUAAUUAAAGUGAUUUUUCCAUUCACAUCGGAGUCAACUUAUUAUUCAACCUAUGGUAAUACAGUCCUGCUGCGCACAUGGUCCUUCGGCCCUCCGAUUGAAGACAGCAAGAGGUAAAAAUACGCUUUCAUUAUUGAGAAUCAAACAUUUUGCAAAAAGACAAAGGUCCGCAACGCGACGUUGCCGCUCUGAUUGACUUACGCAAUAUUCAUCUAUAAUCUACCGUGAGCCAACGCGUGAGAGCGCAAAGCAGAUACGUCGCCAGUGGGAGUGAGGGAGAAAGCAGCAUCGCGCCAGCGCUACGACCACGAGGUAAAAACGUGGCGAACGCAACAUCAUCGAGACGAGGGACGGCGCCCCGCGCCAUUUUGUCAUCGUCGUCUGCGCAGUGUAUCAAGUCUCUUUAUUGCAUUAAAACUAAAAGUAAAAUCAGUGCUAAUACUAAAGUGAAUAGCAAUUUCUGUUCAAAAAAGUUAUAUCAUCACUCAGUGGCGUUAUUCGAGCAAUAGUAACCAUAAAUCAGUGUAUUUCGGAAAUACCUAUUAGUAUAUACGUCGUAAAUCAUAAUGGAGGACGAAUUAUCAAGGAAAAAUGUAGCACGCGGUUACGCAAAGCGCACAAUCACGCGGCUUUAUCAGUAUUUAGAAGCAGAAGAGGCAAAUCUACUAAAGAACCACGUGGAGGAACUCAUGGUUCGGCGCGACCGACUGGAAAAAACUUUUAAUGAAUACGAAGACUUGUGCAAAGACAUUUUACAUUUGAAUCCCAAAGAUGAGGAGUGCGUGGACGUCGUCGAAGAAAAGUUUUACAAAAUGGUAACGAUGUUAAACAAGGCGAUUGCGCAACGUGGUUUUGCACCCGCGUCUUCAACCAAUUCAGUUGCUCAACCGAGUGUAGCGGCAAAAACUCACUUACCUCCCGUGGACAUCCAACAGUUUAACGGUAAAUUCACCGAGUAUAUACCAUUCAUAAGCCUUUUUAAAUCAAUGAUACAUAAUAAUUCAAGUCUAGACGUCAUACAAAAAUUAUACUACUUAAGAUCAUAUCUCAUAGGUGAACCUUUAGACUUAAUAAAAAAUUUACCAAUAACCCCUGAAAGCUAUAGUGAAGCACUCAAAUUAUUAGAAAAUAGGUAUGAAAAUAAGUAUAAAAUUGUGAAUGAACACAUAAGCCAUUUGUUAGAUUUAAAAUGUAUCACUAAGUCCACGGCUAGUAAUUUAAGAGACUUUGUGUCAUGUAUUAGACAACAAUUAGCUGCCAUAAGCAUUCAUGAGCCUAAUGUAAUACAUUGGAGUCCCAUACUUCUUUGCAUUUUCUCCCGUAAACUAGAUAGCUUUACAACGAGAGCCUACCAAAUGGAUAGAAGCUCUGAUAACAAGCCGAGCCUGGAAGAGUUUCUCCAGUACCUUGAGAAACGGGCCUUGGCUUUAGAAAAUGCUGAGCAAGGUCACACUGCGGGUAACUCACGGGUAGCAGCUCUCGCCACGCAGGGAUCAUCAUGCAGUUACUACCCUGUUGCCGAGCAAUCAGAGCGUGGUGGUGGUGCCAAUGAACCUCAGCUCACCAGCUGCAAGUGAUCCUCACGGGUCACAACAGGUUCUCCCUACUGCUUCGUGUCACACUACAUCACAAGGGUCUCCAGGGUUUGAAUUACACAUAUUUCCAACACUAUUUGGUCACAUAAUAGGAGGAGGUUUGCCAGUCGAUUUAUCCAAACCAUCUUGUCACAAAGUAGCAUUAAAAUGUGAGCUAGAUAUACAAAAAACAAUUUCUCAGUUUUGGUCUUAUGAAAAGGUCCCAGAAUUAUUCCAUGAAAAAACUUCUGAACAGGAGCUGUGUGAACAAAUAUUUCAAAGCUCUGUCAAAUUAGAAAAUAAUCACUUUCAAGUUGCCUUACCAUUGAAAUUACCUUUAGAAGAUAUUAAUGGUAUAUUAGGCGAAUCCUUUCACCUUGCUUUAAAGAGAUUUUUAAAUUUAGAAAAGAAAUUGCAUUCAAAUCCAAAUCUAUUCAUGCAAUAUCAAAGAUUUAUCCAUGAAUACUUAUCACUUAACCAUGGUCAUUAUAUGGACAUUGAACUGUAUGACAUAAACAAACAAGCAACUUACUAUUUACCCCAUCAUGCAGUAAUAAAUGAAAAUUCAAGUACAACCCGACUUCGGUGUGUAUUUGAUGCGUCAAUGAAAACUGACAAGAAGGUCAGCUUAAACAGUUUACAACUCAAUGGACCGGUAGUGCAAAAAGAUCUUUUUGAUAUACUCAUGCUAUUCAGAUUUGGCAAAUAUACAUUCACAACGGACAUCAAACAUAUGUUCCGCAAUAUAAAAAUUGAUCCCAAAUUCACUUCUCUACAAAACAUACUUUGGAGAGACAAUCCAAGUGAAUCAAUUAAAUGUAUUAGAUUAGACACAGUAACAUACGGUUUAAAAAGCUCUAGUUACUUGGCAACACGUUGUUUAAAGGAGCUAGCAAUUAGGUACGAAAAUUUGUAUCCUCUAGCUUCCAACAUAAUUAAUAAUCAUACAUAUGUUGAUGAUAUUCUUUACACAGAUCAUGAUUUCAACUCAGUUAUAACUGCAAGGAAUCAACUACGCGAAAUACUCAGUCUAGGUGGAUUUCAUACACACAAGUGGGCCUCAAAUAAUAAAAGUAUACUGUCAGAUAUACCACAGACCGAGCAACAACAUUUUUGUAGUUUAGAUUUGCAAAAAGAAAAUUUCGACAUGAAAGCUUUAGGGCUGCGCAUUAAUGUUAUAGAUGAUAACUUUAUAAUAUCAUCCCCUGAACCGUUUAACCCUAAAGAAAUAACAAAAAGAAGAAUAUUAAGUUACAUAGGUAGGUUCUACGACCCUAUGGGGUUUGCAAGUCCUAUUAUAGUAACAGCAAAGGUCAUCAUGCAAAAAUUAUGGCUACAAAAUAUUGAUUGGAAUUCCACUCCCCCUCUUAACAUUCAAGAAGAGUGGCUACAGUUUACAGCUGAUCUAUUAGCAAUGGAGCCAAUUAAACUAAGUAGAAAUAUAGAUAUUUCAGAAAAUUACACUGCAGAGCUGGUGGGAUUUGCUGAUGCUUCGAGUUCCACGGCCUACGGUUGCUGUGUAUACCUGCGAGUCAACAAAUUAGGUAACUCAAAUGCUUACUUGCUCUGUUCGAAAUCUAGAAUAAAUCCUAUUCAAAAGAAGGGCAUGACAGUGCCAAGGCUUGAAUUGAAUGCUGCACUCUUGUUAUCUAAGUUAAUGGCAAAAACAUAUGAUUCACUUAAGCUUAAAGUUAAAAUAAAGGAUGUAUAUCUAUUCAGUGAUUCAAAGAUUGUUCUUGCAUGGAUUGACACUGAAUUGAUGCAGCUUCAAGCUUAUAUAGCGAACAGAGUAAGUGUCAUUCGUCAGGCUACAGGUGCAUGGUCAUGGCUUUAUGUCAACACCAAAGAAAAUCCUGCCGACCUCAUCAGCAGAGGACUAAAGCCAGGCGAGCUGAACCGGUGCCAGUUAUGGUGGAACGGGCCACAGUUUCUACGUAAAAGUGAGUACAAUUUUGAUUGCUGUAAACCAGAGCUCCCCAGCAUUCUACCCGAGGUGAGGCCUUGCUUAGUGCUUUCUGAUGACCAAUCAUCAAAUUCUAUUGAAUAUAUUUUCAAACAAUUAUAUAAUUAUUCUAAUAUUACAAAAAUCAUUAGGCUCAUGGCUUAUAUGUUAAGAUUUUUGAAUAAUGUAAAUAAACAUAAAAAUAAAAUAAAUAGUAAAUAUUUAACAAGCUCAGAGCUUGAAAAUGCCUUAAUGGUUAUAGUUAAACAUGAACAAGGUGUCCAUUUCAAAUCUGAAAUUAAUGCACUUUGCAAAGGCAAUAAUUUAAAAGGAACUCUUGUGAACCUACAUCCUUUCAUUGAUAAGCUAGGUCUUUUACGUGUAGGUGGGAGGCUCCACCAUGCUGCCAUACCACUGUCACAAAAACAUCCUGUUAUCCUACCAAAGGACUCUUUAAUUACUAGCUUGAUUAUUAAAAGCGAACAUGAAAAAUUACUGCAUGCAGGACCUAAGCUUCUGCUUUCAAGUUUAAACCAAAAAUUUUGGAUUGUAAAUGGCUUAUUACAUAUUAAGAAAAUAACCCACAAAUGUAUUAUAUGUUUUAGAAAUAAGGCGACAGCUGCUCAACAGCUAAUGGGCUCACUGCCAGCCAGCCGUGUCACAGCCACGAGCCGACCGUUCCAGGUUAUCGGCUUGGAUUUUGCUGGGCCUGUAGACGUCAAGCUAUCGCGAAUUAGACGCUCUGUAGUCGGAAAAGGUUAUAUAUGCGUUUUUGUAUGCUUUACCACGAAGGCAGUUCACUUAGAACUGGCUUCGGACUUAACCACAGAAACAUUUCUAGGCUGUCUCAAAAGGCAAAUAAAAAAAGUUAAAAGUACAAAAUACCAUUUAAGGCGAGUUGUACAAAAUAGUUUAUUAACAUAUGAACAGCUUAACACAGUUCUUUGUGAGAUUGAAGCUGUACUUAAUUCACGACCAUUGUUAUCACUCUCAUCUGAUCCAGAUGACUUUUGUUAUUUAACACCUGGUCACUUUAUUAUUGGUAGUGCGUUAACUAUGUAUCCAGAAAACAAUUUAAUUAAUGUACCUAAAAAUAAACUUAAGUUUUGGCAGCUAUGUACUAAUUUAAAACAACAAUUUUGGAAGGCUUGGCAUAAAUAUUAUUUAAAUGUUCUCCAAAAUAGGCCAAAAUGGCGCCAAGACCAGAAUAAUGUUAAAGUAGGAAGUUUAGUUAUUCUAAAGGAUGAUAAUUUAUAUCCUAUGUACUGGCCCAUGGCACGAAUUGUAAGAUUAUGUCCUGGUCACGAUGGAAAGGUCAGGGCCGUCGAGGUCAUUACCCCAAAUAAAAAAACACACGUUCGGGCCAUUAACAAAAUAUGUGUAUUGCCAAUAGAUUCCAAUUAGUAUUUAAUUAUUAUAAGAAUGUUUAGUAUUAAGAAAAUUUUAAAUUUAACAUUGUAAGCAACAACUAAACUUAACUUGUAAAAUGUUUAAAUUUCCAGUUUACAUAUUAUUUAACAGUUGUAUAGUUCAUAACAUCAUGAGGCCGCAGCAUGUUGCAGGCAACAUUAUGGUAAAUAAAGGAAUUGUAUAAAAUCGUGCUGGCAACACUGCCCGCCGAUUGUAAUUUGUAAUCGCCCUCUUGCCUUCCGACCACCGGCCUAUGUACACAUGUUCAAUUUAUAUUUCUCAUAAUUAAAGUGAUUUUUCCAUUCA